CAUCCAGUCGCAACUUGGGGGAAUUCCUAAGCUUCCUGUAGCGAGGGGACUCUCCAUACAAUCUUGACACGCCUCGGGAAAUUCUUUGCAUUGUAUCAUCAAGAUGUCAACUCAUGGUCACACCAAUGGUGCAACAGGGCGAACUAAGACGGGCGUGAAAGUUCUAGUGGUUGGAGCCGGAUUCGGCGGGUUAGGAGCAGCGAUAGAAUGCCACCGCCAAGGACACGAUGUCGAGAUACACGAAGCCUUCCCAGAACUCAAGACCCUAGGUGAUAUCAUCUCGUUUGGACCGAAUGCGGGAAGAAUAUUCUAUCGCUGGUCGGAUGGCGAGGUCGUCCGACGAAUGCGACCCCUGAGUAUCGACUUGAGAAAGUAUGGCUUCAAUAUCCACAAGUAUGACACUGGCGAGAUUGUCAUUAAUCAGAAAACGCCCGAAUACGCGGUGGAUGCCCCGAAUUUCAAUGGACACCGAGGAGAGCUGCACGAAGUAGUUUUCAACUACGCCAAAGACGACCUGGCCAUACCGAUUCAUCUGGGAAAUAAGAUUGAGAAAUACUUCGAGAACGACAAAGAAGCUGGAAUAGUGCUGGAAAGUGGUGAAAAGAUUGCCGCCGAUGUGGUGAUCGCGUCGGACGGCGUACGUUCCAAAGCUCGGAAAGUCGUACUGGGAUAUGAAGAUAGACCAAAGAGUAGUGGGUACGCUGUUUGGAGGGCAUGGUUCCCAAACAAGGACAUGCUCGCAGACCCGAAGACCGCGCAAUUCUGCAACAACGGCGAUACUUUUAACGGCUGGAUAGGGCCAGAUAUGCACUUUUUGUUUAGCACCAUCAAGAAUGGCUCCGAUUGCUGCUGGGUCUUGACGCACCCCGACGAACAUGACAUCGACGAGUCUUGGAGUUUUCCGGGCAAGCUCUCGGAAGUGAAAGAGGCAAUAAAGGAUUGGGAUCCGCUAUGCACUCAGAUCAUUUCCAAGACACCCGAAGAAAUGCUCGUCGACUGGAAACUGGUUUAUAGAGAUCCGUUGCCUACCUGGGUCAGCCCGUCAGGGAGGAUUGUCCUUCUUGGUGACUCGGCACAUCCGUUCCUACCUACAAGUGCGCAAGGUGCUACACAGGCACUCGAGGACGGUGUGGUCAUUGCUGUAUGUCUGCGCCGCGGUGGAAAGGAUAAUGUUCCUGUCUCGGUCAGGGCACACGAGAAGAUUAGAUACGAUCGUGUGCGCGAAACCCAGAAGACCGGCGAAAGCACACGAGAUAUGUGGCAUAAAACCGAUUGGGAAAAGGUCAAGAAGAACCCUGAGAGUAUUCAGUUCCCUCGUCAGGAUUGGAUCUUCGAUUUUGAUGCGGAGAAAAACGCGGAGGAGUCAUACGAAGACAUCGUAAAGGAACUUCUCAAGGCAUAGGUCACUUCUCUUUCCAUGUUGCCCUAUUUUCAUAUAGAUUUUAUCGACCUUGAGCAGUAUAUGACUAGGUAGCUAGCUAUUUUGAGUAGAUCCGAUGUACGUCAGAUAUACAGCGACCUUUCAUAAAAAAAAAUAAAAAAAAAAAAUAAAUAAAUUGUAAAAGAAUAGUUGCGUCAAUUUGCUUCACCUGGACUGGGGUGGAUA